UGCUCCUCCGGAGAGACCACUGCUGAGCCUGACCUCCCUCCGCGGCCUACAGUUCCCCCCUCCCGACAUCCUCAGCAGACGCCACAACUCACUCGCGUGCCUUCUCCCGUAAAGUUCACUCCACCGCCGAAGAUAAUUGACACUCCGAAACUCCCUCACAUUCCCAAACGAACUGAUCCUCCGAAAAUCACAAUGGCUCCGUCUAUCCUGUCCCCCGUUCCGAGCAGCUUUCCCUCUCCUCUCUCCCCCAAGGUGCCCAGGCGCAUCUCGGGAUUCGCUGAAAGUGACACCCUCUCCAACAAUGGCAUGUCUCGCUCAAUCACAUCCCGGAGGGUAUCCUCUCGCAGGCUUGACCCUCAGGAGACGGAGUUCUCUAGAAGACUGUCUUCCCUCCAGCGUCAGACCGGCGAUGAGCUGGGUAUGGCCAUCUCGGGUGACUCCUAUGAGAUGGUUUUGUCCUGGAUCCAUGAUGAACGUCUGAGCCUCAUGCCCCCAGAGGGAAGCAGUUAUGACAAGGUCCUAGGCUGGGCACAGCUAUUUGUCGAAAGACUGCGGACCUUUGAGUUGGCCAUCGAGGACUUUACCAAUGUCAGCGGCCUUGCCUUCCAGAUGGCUUACGGUUACUGUCUGUCGCUCCUCAAGCUGGGUGACGAGAAUGCCUCUGCAUUGAUGACCUCUUUCGGGUUCUUCUACAGCACCUCAACAUCGCUCGGGAAUCUGCUCGAACGGACCGAGCUCUUCAGCGUCACCGGCGAUAUCCGGAGACAGCUAGUGCAGGCAUUAGAAGACCUGGUGAACCUGGUCGCCCAUGUGUCUACCCGCUUCCAAAAAGCCGUUCUCAGGCUGGGCGAGGAUUACGAAUACAUAAACAUCUACGAAACUUUCCCAAAUGAGAUCCACAGGUUCCACCGAGGUUGUGAGGAGAUUGGAGAGUCCAUGUGGCAACAGCAGCUCUUGAAGGAGCUCGGUGAUGAAGGCAAAGUCGCCGAGGUGAAGGCUGUAAAGUCAUGGCUUACCCCUGAAGAUCGUGUUCUCUCCAACGUUGCCGAGACGGUCUCGCAUCUCGCUCACGACCGCGAGGAGAUGACCUGCCGCUGGGUCAAGCCCUCCCUGUUCGACUUCUUGACAAGUCAGCACAAGAUCCUGUCCAUUGCCGGUAAGGCAGGUUCCGGUAAAACUGUCCUGGCCUCCGUGAUUGUUGACAGCCUGCAACACCCCAUUCGCGGGAUCACCUACAAAACCCUGUUCAUUCCCAUCAAUGCCAGACUUCCGGCAGGAACCAGACCCCGAGCCAUCGCCAAGGCCAUCCUCUCCCAGCUGUUCGAAAAGCGCAUUGGCAACGUCCAGCUGCUCCAGAUCCUGACCGAUGCUCUGCAGCGCAGCAAGAAGGCCACGAACGAUAAUGACUACGACAACAUUCUCUGGAACGCACUGGAGCGUGCGUUGGGAGCCGCCCUUCGCGGCGCCAAGGAGCUGGUCAUUGUUGUCGAUGGCGUCGACGAGGCUUCUUGCGGAGAAGCCGCCCUUCUACAGAGAUUGACCGCUGCCACUACAGCAGGCACCAACGUGAAACUGAUUGCCCUUGGUGCCACCAAGCCCCCUGCGGCACCGGGUCACGUCUGUGUGCAGGUGACGGAGGAGCGGAUCUUCGAGGAUAUUGCCACUGUAGUGCGAGGCCAGUUCCUGGAGCACAAGGAAAGUGUGGUCUUCCCAGAGCUGGAUGAGAUUGAGCAGGAGUCUAUCGUGGAUCGCAUCACCGAGGCAUCCCACGGCUCCUUUCUCUGGGCCAAGCUCGCCGUGAAGCGUGUUCGCACCGCAGAAAAUCUCGAGGGCCUACUCAAAGCCGUGGACGGCGUUACUGAUAAGCUGUCCAUUACCGACUUUGUCCUCCAGACUGUGCAGCAGAAGGGUGUCACUGACGAGGCUCGCUUGAUGCUGUUGUGGCUUGCGACUGCUGAUCGCCCCCUCCUCAUUAAGGAGCUGCAGACCCUGACCUCAAUCCAGGUUGACAAAUUGGCAAUCGCCGAGGGUCAUAACCCAGAGCCGUUGAAAGUUCUCAAGCCCGUCAACUCCCUUGUAUUCGUACAGGAUGGACAGGUGUAUCUCCGCCACGGCCUCGUCCGCAGUGCGGUCUUGGAGGUGUUCUCCAAGGGCAAGUUGAUUCCUAACAUCAAGGACAGACAUGCCGACUUUGUUACCCGGCUGUUGGUUUACAUCAAGUCCUUCGUCACUGAACCACAGGCUAAGGAACCGUCUCUCACUCCUCUCAAUGGCUACGAAACCGAUUCGCUCAUCAGCCGGUACCCUCUGCUUGACUUUGCGGUCCGCUAUUGGGUGUCGCACAUCAGGCAGACAACGGUCUUCGUUAAUCAGGGCGAGGUUGCUGCGGCCAAGGAGUUUGCCAAGGUGUUCCCGGGCUCUAUUACCGUUCUCCUGCUUCAAACCACUCUGUGGGCCAACAGACCGAGUCCUGAACUCUUGACUUACCAGACCACGGUCACCACGUUCUGCCGCCAGAUCCUGACUCCGAACCACCGGGUGACUCUUCAGUCCAUCAUCAACCUGGCACUCUUCUUCCGGGACGUUGAUUACGUCCCGGAGGCUACUCCCUUGUUCUUCGAGGCCACCACGUUGAGCCGCACGUUGCUGACCACCAGCCCAUCUUUCUCCGCACAGUUGGCUAGCAUCUUCCUCGAGCUCACAGUGAGCAGAGUCACCGAAACCAAAACGGAGAUCAUGGCCAAGAGGGAGCAGAUUCUCGUACUCCUUGUCGACUGUUACACGAAGCUCUACGGAGAGACCCACAAGACCGUCAUCGCCACUCGGGAGCAGCUGGUCAAGCACUAUCAAACAAUCAAGGAGUUCCAGAAAGCAGAGGAAAUUACCCGUCUCAUCCGGCUUGUCACUACCGGUGAACAAGGCACCGAGUCUCGUGAAUUCCACGGGGAUUGGGGUGUGCGCGUGAGAGGACAUCACCGCAAGGUCAUCCAGACCCGAAUCAACGACUUCUUGGAGGCCGAAGAGCAUGACGAACUGAUUGACCGGUUUGAAUCGUUUGACUUCGAGGCCCACACCAAGGAGGCCGAGCGGUAUGCCGCCGAAGGCAAGUUCGAGCUCGCGGAGCUUAUCUACGUCGAAAUCUGGCAGCGAGUGAGCAGGGAGUGUCGCACCAACUACUCGGCCUUGUGGGAAGAGAGGAAGAUGGCGUCGGUUCUUGCCUACUCCAAGUUCCUAAAGACUCAAAAGAGAGAAUACGAAGCCUCCUCUAUCCUGACCAGUGUUUGGCAGGAGUACGAGCAGACCAGCAUGUCCAUCUCCGAAAGCUCGGUCUCUCACUUCCAGGAAAUUGCCAAGAUGAUGAAGGUGGUGGGGCUGUCUACCUUGGCUUUGACCGUCUUCAAGCACUGCUCUGAGUACUACAAAAGCACCAAUCGGACGCAGACGUCGAGCUACAAGGAGGUGCAGCAGAGCAUCCAGACCACUACGAAGGAGGUCAUGCAGUCCUUCAGCAGCUCGUCUACUGUCACGUCGGAGACGACCUUGGAGGAAAUGGUGUAUGAGGCAUCGACCUCCAUUGCCACGGUUGACCAGACAUCCUUCACUGCCACGCACAGUCUCAUCGGCCUGUACGUUGAGCAGCAUCGCUGGCAGGAUGCGACCCGGGUGAUCAAGAGGGUCCUCCAUGGUGUUUGGCCUUCUCUCUUUGCUGCCAACCUGCAGGAUGUCACCCUCCCCGCGAAGCACGUGGAAAGCUGCGUCGAACUUGCCGAGCGUCUCAGCAGGUGCUACUAUGCCCGCCGUCGUCUGAGCAAGGAGGAAGACAUCCGCGUCCGCAUCUACCGUGCGUUCCGCGGUGGGAGAAAGGUCGAUGACAAGCUCCGGGAACGCAUCACCAACGAGCUCCUGCGCUUGCUGGAGCGUAACACGCAGACUGACAAGAUCAUCAACCUUCGUCAGGAGUUGUUGAAUGACUAUGUCAAGCACUACGGCCCUGAGAACCCUGUGGUGAUCAAGACUCUGUGGACUUUGGCAGAACUGACGCGCCCUCGUCCCAUCUUCGUUGACUACUACUUGCAGAUUGUCCGCACUCUAAACAAGGACUCCCCCACCUGCCACCCGGAGGCCUUUGAGCCACUGGUCAUUGUUGCCACCGAGCUUUGGAACCAGGGUCGCUACUCCGAUGCUGUGCACUACUUCAGGAUCAUCUUCACGACCUUCUUGAACCAGCCCAAGCAGAGCCCCAAGUUCCAGGACCAGACCUUCGUGCGGGAGAUCUUCAGCCGGUAUACCCAUUGCUUGCGCAGCGUCCGUACCGAAUUCACUGUCUUGCAUCAGGUCACUGUCGACUACCAUGCUAAGGUCAAGGCGGUGUUCAGUGCGACUGCUUCCAUCAGCCUCCAGGCCACCCUGACCCUCGCGAAGCUCUGCCAGGAGUCUAAGCAAUACGAGCUUCAGGCGAUUACUCUCUACGAAGAGCUGCUCAAGAGCAAGUCCGAGGAGCUUGAUCUUCAGGAGAUCUCCAGCACUCUGGACGCGAUCUACGAGGAGCAGGCCGCGAUUGUGACGUCCACCAAGUCUGAGUCGGUGUCUACUGCGCAGGUCGAGCGCGCCGUCAAGGUCCUGAGGAAGCGCAUCAGCACCGUGCGCAAGACCCAUGGUUGGGCCCACGAGGAAUCGCUUUCCAAGAUGAAGGAGAUGGUCACCUUCUACGCUGAGCGCAAUGAAACCGAGACUGUGGUGCAAGAGCUCAAAGAAGCGACCGUGCAGAUUCUGUCCUCGGAGACCUCCUCGACCCGGUUGAUUGCCGCCGCCUCCACGAUCGCCUCCAGCUAUAUCGCAUCGAAUCAGGUCCAGAAGGCUACUGAGCUUACUCAGGAGAUCUAUCGCCAGAUUGUCAUGAAGGACACCGCUAACGCCAAGUCGGUGCAGUUCGACCUCGCAUCCAAGGAGCGUCAGAGCCUCACCUUCUUGGCCCAGCUCGAGUAUAGUCUGCGCCGCAGCUCGUCGACUACCAUCACCGAGAUUCUCGCGGCGCUGACAACGGAGUACGUCUACUUCGAAGAAUUCCGCAGUCAGCUCAAGUCCAAGACCAGCUCCAUCCACACAGUCUCUGUGUCUACUGCCCGCCUGUACCACUUCCUGGUCGCCAACAACCGCCAGACCGCCGCUGCUCGCGUGUUUGAUGACUUUGUUGACUAUUUCGUCGCCACCGAGGGCAAGCGGGUCAAGUUGACCGAGCCUGCGCAGGUGCGGAUCUUUGCCGAGACCAUCCUGCGCCACUUCAGCUCCCACCGCUCGGAUGACUUUGUCCGCUCAAUUGGUAUCACCAGCAACGAGUACGUUGACCAGCUGCUGAAGAGCCAGAGAUGGGGUAGUGCCUGCGACCUGGCCCUGGCCUCGUUCCAUUACAUCAAGUCCCAUCAGGAGGUCUACCGCUCCGUCGGCAUUGUCAAGUUCGUCUUCACACUGGGUAUGCUCAUCGCGGGCCGUGACCUCGUCGCGCGCCCUGACGAAGCCUCUCGCAAGAAGAUGCUGGGAGUCUCGGGUGUCAUAAUCAAGGAGGCACUCACCGUCAUCAAGGGCCUGAAGCUCGACAUGGGCGGCGUGAACUUUGAGCAGCUCAGCAAGCUGAUUGGACUGCUGGGUGAGCAGGAAGACUACGCGAACCUGGCAUGGCUUCUCACCAUUCUGUGGGACAGCCGCGAGGCCCAUCGCAACUGGCCCCAUUACACUCUGGCUCUGGGACACCGCCUCAUUAUUGCCCGAUUCCGCAUUGGCAAGUACAAGGACGCUCUUCGCCUGGCCGAAGACAUUGCUUACAACUGCCGUCGCGUGCACGGACCUCGUCACCCCAGCACGCUGGAGAUGUCGGUUCUGUUGACGCAGCUGUACACCAAGGUGGCGACCAAGAACCAGGCCCACAAGGAGCUGGCCAACCGCUACUACAAGAAGUGUGCUGGCGUGCACGAGGGUAUCCUGCGUGCCUUCAGCGACCCCUACUACGCCGACUUUGAGGGCGGCCUGGAGGCCACUUUGAGCAUGGACGGCUCUGCGUACGAGGUUGACAUGCGGGACACCACCGACAGCACCUUUUCCGAGGGCCAGCAUGUUAAGCAGCACCUGCAUCUGUUCAAGUUGGCCGUGGAGCGUCUGGGCGACUGGCCUGGCGACUACAGUGACUACGAGCGCAUGAAUGCCGAUGUGUUCCGGGAGUUCCCGGAGGAGAUGAAGGGGGUGGAGGGAGUUGAGAAGUGGAACCUGAAGUCGUUUGGCGGUGGCAAGGCCGAGAGCGAUGAUGAUGUGUUGAACCUGGACCUGCAGACUUGGGAUAUUCUUGAUACCCACGUGAGCCCGGCUGCUGUUGAGGAGGAAGAGUUAUAAUGAUUAUGUUCGCUUAUUGACGUCUGAUGUUAUUUGGUUUUGCCUGAUUGAUUCCCAUUUGAUCGUUAUUUCUUACUUACCUAAUUUACUGCUUCUACUGCUUCUACUGGUUACGCCUUGAUU